AGCUAAUCGGAUGGCUUAACAAGGAAGAGGAGGUCCGGUCCCAAGGGACCCAAAGGGAAGCCAGUCAAGGAAAGGGUGAGGAAGUAGGAAGCUAGGGAUGCAUAUCUGUACACAAAAAAUGCAAAGGAAUGCAUCCCAAAGAUUGGGACCACGAACUGAGGAGAUUGGGGAAAGCUCCGGGUGCCGCAACGAAGAUGCAAGAGAUAUCCUCAAGCUGAGGAAGGAUAUGGAGGAGCUAAAGAAACAAGUAGACAAAGACGGGUCAUUUGGGCUCAUUGUGGAGCAAGCCCAAGAAAACCCAGAAGGAGUCUCCCAGGUGGGAGUCAUCUUUGGCGGUCCAGAGACAGGAGUCACCACCAAUGAAAGGGCCCACAGAUUAUAUGUGGGGUCCAUUGAUGUUGGUCAGAGUUCUAAGAAAGGGAAGAGAGAACCCAUUGUAUUCUCAGAUGAGGAGUUAACGCUCACCCAAAGGCCGCAUUUGACUCCCCUGAAGGGGGACCUCACCAAACUUAAUAUGCCCUUGUCCAACUUCACCGGAGACGUUAUUGAGCGAGAGGAGUCCAUUAAGCUAGACGUGAGAAUAGGCGAGCAUCCUAAGGUGAUGAAUAUGAAGAUGGACUUCGUAGUGCUCGACAUCAAGUGCGCCCACAACGCAGUUCUAAAGAGGCCUGGAUUGGAAGACUUAGGAGGAGCCCUCUCCCUUGAACAUUUAUGUUUGAAGUUCAGGACCCGAGAAGGCAUUGGAAUGGUGCUGGGCGAUCAACCUGCAGCUAAGAAGGCCUACUUGAGCGCAUGCAGAAGGAUGGAUACGGACAAUUUCAGCAUUCAAACCAUCAGACAAGCCCUGGAAGAAGAAGAGAGAAAGGAGGAGAGCCGGGAGAGGCCCAAACCAGCAGUAGAAACCAAGGAAGUACUUUUGUUCCCAGAUGGAGAUCCAGGGAAGGCACUGAGGAUUGGCCUAGGGCUAGAGAAAGAUACCUGCAAAGAGAUUAUCAGAUUGGCAACACAAGGAGUGUCAGCAGGCCCAAUCUUUCCUUUCUCCCGCUUCUCAUCUCGCAGCCUCCGAGAUUCAGGGUUAGGGUUUUCGCUUAGCUCCUCUUCAACUUUCAAUUGCUCUUGUUGGCCGAUUACUUUGAUCAAUUAUUCAGUGGUUGUUAAUAUGGGUAAAAGAGAAAGAAAGCUGAAAGCGAACCCAUCAUCACCACUAUCUGAAGAUCAAACUAAGGAAUCUGAAGCAGCCCGCGAUGCAAUGGGCAGCGACGAUGAUGCGGAGGCCAAUGAGGAUCUUAGUUUGAGAAUCGUGGAGACAGCCAUGCAACGCGCCAACUCCUUGAAAAAUGGCGCCGAUAUGGAGCCUAUGAAUGUAGACAGCAAGAGGAGCAAGCAAGAGAAUAAUAAAAAGAAAAAGAAGGGCAGAGACCGCGAGUUGGAGGAGAAACACGUCAUUGCGCAUGACCUACCUGCUCCUCGUGAAGUGCUUGUGGCUUGUCAAAACUUUUGCAGCAACGUAGUUGGGGAGGAUAGGAAGGAAGAUGAUAAUGGAAGCACUAUCAAAACAAUGGAGAAUGUCAACAACAUUGUUGAAACAGAUCCUUCUGAAAUAUCAGAUAAUGUAGUCCUGCGAAAGCUUCUUCGUGGACCAAGAUACUUUGAUCCCCCAGAUAGUACCUGGGGAACAUGCCAUAAUUGCGGUGAAGAGGGUCACAUGAGUGUCAACUGCACUGUGGCGAGACGCAAGAAGCCAUGUUUUUUGUGUGGCAGUUUGGAACAUAACAUUAAGCAGUGUACGAAGGGAAAAGAUUGUUUCAUUUGCAAGAAAGAAGGCCACCGAGCAAAAGAUUGCCCUGAGAGAAACAAUGGAGGUUCUUGGAAUUCUAAAAUAUGUUUAAAAUGUGGGGAUUAUGGACAUGAUAUGUUUUCAUGUCACAACAAUUACCAUCCUGACGACCUCAAGGAGAUACAAUGUUACAUUUGCAAGAGCUUUGGCCAUCUCUGCUGUGCUGACUAUCCUGAUGGUCCAAGCGAAGUUUCCUGUUACAGAUGCGGUACAUCAGGCCAUACUGGCUUGGCAUGCUCUGGAAAUUGGGGGGAGAGUAGUGGGAUGGGAUCGCCUUAUACAUGUUACAGAUGUGGUGAAGAUGGUCAUUUUUCACGGGAGUGCACUUAUAACAGGGGUGGUAAUAAAAGGAGCCGUGAAUUAUCAACACCCAAGAAGAAAGCAUCUAAUCACAUGAAGGAAGAGCAUAUGGGAUCCUGGUCUAUGCCCGGUGAUUUUGUCAAGACAUGUAAGAAGAAAGAAAAAUAUGAAGAUUACUUUACACCAGACCGUAAAACAAAACGAAGGGGAGGUUGGAUCAUGGACGAUGACCCUGGGGAUUUCUCAGGAUACAAUGAUAGUUGGAAAAGUCAUGCUUCUAGCAGUAAUAAAUCUUGGAAAUACAGCAACGGUAGCACCAAUGGCCAUGCUUCCAAUCCAUGGUCCCCAAGAAAGUCCCGUACGACUAACUUUAGCCAUUCUCAUUCAUCCGGUUCGUCCAAACACACCCAUCACAGGUUUUUGGCCUCCAGGUUUGGGGAUUAUAGUCACGGCGAGAUGAGAAACCGCGAUUGGUAGUGAAAAGGUCUAUUUCUUUUGGCCAUCAUGAAAGAUAUAGCUGUUGUGUGCUGCACGCCUGCACACCAUCAUGGUCAGUGCUUGUUUUAGGUGAAAACAGAAGAAACACUAGGCAUGGCUGACCAGAAAUCUGGACAUUUUAUUAAAGAUUAACUCCCAUCCUCUUAUUCGAUUCUGUUUGUUUUUUUAAAUUUAUUUUAUUGGGUCCAGGCAAUUGUAAUUUAUACAGUAGUUUUCGGUUUUAACGUCUAAAAGGGGAGUCG